AAUGACCACCAUCACACACUUCUUUGUUCUCUCAUCAAGAGGUGAUAAAAUUAUAGCACGUAACUAUCGUUAUGAUAUUUUCGAUGAAGUAGAGGAUUUAUUCUUCCGUAAUGUUCGUAACGAAAGUAUGGAAAACUAUGGAAAGCCAAUUUUCAAUCAACUAGGAAUUAAUUUCUUCCAUGUUCGUAAAUCAGGAUUAUAUAUUGUGUGUACAAGUAGAGAAAAUUGUUCACCAAUAACAAUUUUUGAAUUAUUGGAACGUGCUUGUAUUUUAAUUAGAGAUUUUACUGGUCAAUUGAGUGAAGAUUCGAUUAGAAAGAAUUUUGUAAUGGUUUAUGAAUUAUUGGAUGAAUUAUUCGAUUGGGGAAAGGUUCAAACAACUCAAACCAACAUUUUAACAUAUUGUAUUCACAACGAACCGAUUGAAACUGUUGAUGUUCCGACUACAGCUGGUUUAUUGAAUUUAAGUUUUAUUGAUCCAAAAACUGUCAAAUCAACAGCAACUUGUUUGCCAAUUCAAAAGAAGAAUGAUCAAAUUUUCGUUGAUGUUUUGGAACGUAUAAAUUGUGAAAUGAAUGCAGAGGGAUCAGUUUUGCGUUCGGAAAUUAUUGGAUCGAUUGUUGUGAAGAGUUACUUGAUGGGAUCUCCACUGAUUCGUAUUGCAUUGAAUCAAGAUUUAGCUAUUGGAACAGAUACAAACACACCAUACUCUGCCAUUAGAGUUGAUGCUUUGAAUUUUAAUGAAAUUAUCAAUAGAGAGGAAUUUGAAAUGGGUCGUCAAUUGUCAUUCUAUCCACAAGAUGGUGAAACUACUCUUCUUUCAUAUAGAGUUACCAACAAUCAUCACGUCAUUAUGCCAUUUAGAGUUUCACCUUACAUUUCCAAAUUCAAUGAAUAUAAGAUUGAGGCAUCAUUCAAAGUGAGAUCUGACUUCCCUGCUUCUACAUCUGCCACAGGAGUUUUUGUUCGUAUUCCAGUACCAAAGAAUGCCACAUCAUGUGGUGUAGUUAUUGGAAAUGAUAAGGAAACUCAGCAAUCGUACGAAUAUAAGGAAAAGGAUAAGGUUGUCAUUUGGGGUAUUAAGAAAUUCCCAGGAGCUUCUGAACAAUUUAUCAAAUUGAGAAUUACUCUUCCUGAACCAAAUCGUAUUGAUGAGAGGAAGCUUAUUGGGCCAGUCUCUAUGAAAUUUGAAAUUCCAAUGCACAAUAUGAGUGGUCUCCAAUUGAGAUAUUUGAAAAUUGGAAAUGACAGUCUCAAUAACGAUAACAAGAACAAACAAAAACGUUGGGUUAGAUAUGUUACUCAAGCAGGUUCAUACUGUGGAAGAGUUUCCAUGUAAAUUUCUCAUCCUUCUCCUGAACUCUUUCUUUCAUUCCAACAAGUAAAGAUGAUUGAAA